AUGGAGAAAGGCGGGAAGCAGGUGAUAUUCCGCGUCAAAAAUCCGCCAGCACAACCAAGGGCGUCACGGAAACAGUCGUCGCUCGUUUGCGAAGGCCAAUCGGUUGAUCCAGUGUACCAUCCACGACAGGCACAUCGCAAAUCCCGAACUGGUUGUGUAAACUGCAAGCAACGGCUGAUAAAGACACCGUACCUUAUGCACGCUAUAUUAGGAAUCUCCAACGCGUAUUUAGCAAGGGCCUUGCCGAGUUCUGCAUGCUACAGAGUUCGAGAAACUCGCCAUCUCAUAGAUGCACUUCGUCUUUAUCAGCAGGAGCUGAAGUCCCAGAUCACCAAGGACAACAUGGACGGAAUAAUGUCGACGUGCAUGUUAUUAUCGGAUGUCCCUCUAUUGGAAGUGGAAAACUCACCCUCCGACUCAUUCGUAUUCUCCUCUGACCCUUCAGCCCUAAACUGGCUUCUAAUGCAAUCCGGCCUCUCAUGCCUACUUCUGUACACUCAACCAUACCUUUCAGAAAGCAUCUGGUUCGUACCCUUCAUGGAAUCAUAUAACGAAUAUCUGAAAACCAGGGACCGCCGCACCGGCCGGGAAGGACUCCACGCUGAACUUGCUCAGUUAUGCGAAAUAAAAGACGACAGCAAUGACGAGAACAACACGUACCAUGAAGCCCUACGAAGCCUCAUGCCGAUUCUGGACAUGGAAACUAAUCGCACCAACUUUGUGACCAUGGCUUCAUAUAUGGGUAACCUGAAGCCCAAGUUCACCGCAUUAAUUGGGAACAGGGAACCUAGAGCGCUUCUUAUCUUAGCGUUCUGGUUGGGCAAAAUGUGCGAAGAUCCGUCCUGCUGGGUUUAUGCGAGAAUGCAUAUGGAAUGUCUGGCUAUCUGCAUGUAUCUUGAGAGCAAUUCGGAUCCCCGAGUAGUUGGUCUUUUGGAAUACCCGGUGUCUCGGCCCCAUCCACUCGCCUAG